AGCUAUUAUUAAUACUAAUUUACUAUUAAACAAUAGAUUACCAGUACUAUUGAUCUUAUAAAAUGAAGUACAUCAGCUUCAGAGUUGCAGAGAUCAACAUAGCCAUGGAAACCUCAUUCCAUUACUACAUUUUGCUCCUCAUUAUUUAUCUUCUCCUCAAGAACUACUUGCAGAAAAAUAACAAAAGACUCCCACCAAGCCCUUCUCUAUCUUUCCCUAUCAUAGGUCAUCUCUGCCUCAUCAAGAAACCCCUCCACAGAACACUUGCAAAAUUAGCCAACAAAUAUGGAUCAAUCUUGUACAUCAAGUGCGGCUCCCGCCCUGUCGUCAUUGUAUCUUCUCCUUCUGCAGCUGAGGAAUGCUUCACCAAAAAUGACAUUGCUUUUGCUAACCGCCCCGGGCUGCUUGCCGGAAAACACCUAGGAUAUAAAUACACCACCCUUGUCUGGGCCUCUUAUGGCUCUCACUGGCGCAACUUGAGGCGCAUAGCUUCCCUUGAGCUAUUGUCAUCUCACCGCCUUCAGAUGUUUCAUGGAAUACGUGCAGAUGAAGUCAGAUCAUUGAUUUUACGCCUUUUCCGAGGUUCCAUUGGUGGUGAGUUUUACAUUGUGGACAUGAAGUCGACGUUUUUUCAGCUGACUCUUAAUGUUAUCAUGAGGAUGAUUGCUGGAAAAAGAUACUAUGAGGAAGGCAGGACAGGAUUGGAGGAAGCUAAGAGGUUUGAACAGAUUGUGGUAGAGACAUUUCAAUUGAGUGGAGCUACUAACAUUGGAGAUUUUGUACCAGUUUUGAAAUAUGUUGGAUCAAAUGGGCUUGAAAAAAAGUUGUUGAUAUUGCAAAAGAAGAGGGACAAGUUCAUGCAAGAUUUGAUUGAAGAACAUAGAAGAGGGCAGAGUGGCUCUGUUUCUGAACAGAGGAGCAAGACCAUGGUGGAUGUGUUGCUGUCACUGCAAGAAACUGAACCUGAAUACUACACUGAUGAAAUCAUAAGAGGCCUGAUGCAAGUGAUGUUAUCAGCAGGAACAGAAACCUCAGCUGGAACCAUGGAAUGGGGCUUUUCACUUUUGCUCAACAACCCAGAAGCCCUAGCAAAAGCACAGACAGAAAUUGAUGUCCAAAUUGGGCAAACCAGGCUCAUAGAGGAAGCAGACCUUGCCAACCUUCCCUAUCUCCAUGGCAUCAUAAACGAGACCCUCAGAAUGUACCCAGCAGCCCCACUUCUAGUACCCCAUGAGUCAUCACAAGAGUGUACACUGGGAGGCUACCAUGUCCCACGUGGCACAAUGCUGUUGGUGAACAUGUGGGCCAUACAGGAUGAUCCCAAAUUGUGGGAGCAGCCAGAGCAGUUCAAGCCAGAGAGAUUUUUAACUCCACAGAAGGAAGCAAACGGUUUCAAGUUGCUGCCAUUUGGGACAGGAAGAAGGGGCUGUCCCGGCGAAGGGUUAGCGACCAGAAUCGUAGGGCUGGCCUUAGGGUCACUGAUCCAGUGUUUCGAGUGGAAGAGAAAUGGUGAAGAAAUGGUGGACAUGAGCGAAGGGGCUGGCCUCACCGUGCCUAAAGCUCAAGCCUUACUAGCGAAGUGCAGGCCACGCCCGAUAAUGCUAGCCCUACUUUCACAGCUCUGGUCUUUGUCUAAGAAUAUCAAGGACUGAAGGAAAGCAAAAUCCAUUCAGAGAUUAAGAAGCAAAAAACAGUAGGCGCAUGCAAGAGAAUCAAAUAAACAUAGAGAAGGGGAAUGUGGUUGUUACAUCAUAUCUGAACUCUUUAUUAUGGUAUGAGAUUCGAUGAGGGUUUCCAAUACUUUGUUUCCAACUUUCCAUAAAUGUGUGUGGCUAGUUUGGUACAUACUCAUUUUGGGAUAACUAUGAAACACUGUAGAAUUUUCGUUGUGAUCGAGUGAACGGUGCGAGUGAGGAUUGAGUCGACAUGUUACUGGUGCAUCUAUGCUUUGUGUACUGCAGGGCCAAAUGGCAUGCAUCAUAACCCAUUAACCAAAAGAAUGGUGCUUGUUUGUUCUACAUUCUGUUCAUUAUCUUUAGGGAUAUCUUCACAUAUGGUAUAUAAAUUUUAGACAUUUCUACACUUUG